CAACUUCCAAGUCUCCUUUGAGUUCUUGCUGUGAAACACAGACCAUGGAAUCUGAUCAUUCUAUCUUCGAAGCAACAAGUUAUCAGCAAUCUGGACAAUGCAACUCACUUCUAAAAUUCAUGCAUGGCCUGUUUGUUCUGUUUCUCAUCAUGCUUCCAAGUGCUGCUGCAUAUGAUCCACUAGAUCCAACUGGAAACAUAACAAUCAAAUGGGAUGUCGUGUCUUGGACCGCAGAUGGCUAUGUGGCUACGGUGACAAUGAGCAACUUCCAGCUGUACCGCCCCAUCAUGAGUCCUGGGUGGACUUUGGCAUGGACAUGGGCAAAGAAGGAAGUUAUCUGGUCCAUGGUGGGAGCUCAAACCACAGAGCAAGGAGACUGUUCCAAGUUCAAAGGAAACGUACCACACUGUUGUAAGAAGACUCCAACAGUGGUUGACUUGCUCCCCGGGGUUCCCUACAACCAGCAGUUUACCAACUGCUGUAAGGGUGGUGUAGUAGGAUCGUGGGGGCAAGAUCCAGAAGGUUCAGUCUCAGCCUUUCAGGUGAGUGUUGGAGUGGCCGGAACUUCAAAUAAGACAGUAAAACUACCCAAAGACUUCGUCUUGCUUGGUCCAGGGCUAGGGUACACCUGUGGCCCUGCAAAGGUGGUGCCCUCCACAAUCUUCCUCACACCUGAUCGCCGGAGAAAGACUCAAGCACUGAUGACAUGGAAUGUGACAUGCACUUAUUCUCAGUUUCUUGCCUCAAAAAACCCAAGCUGCUGUGUUUCCUUUUCAUCUUUCUAUAAUGAUAGCAUCACUCCUUGUCCAUCUUGCGCAUGUGGUUGCCAAAACAAAAACAACUGUGUCAUGAGUAAUUCAAAGCAGGCGCACAAAAAAGGAGUAAACACUCCAACUAAGGACAAUACACCAUUGCUACAAUGCACGCAUCACAUGUGCCCUAUACGAGUGCACUGGCAUGUCAAGAUAAACUACAAGGACUAUUGGCGAGUUAAGAUCGCCGUCACUAAUUUCAACUACCGGAGGAACUAUACACAGUGGACUCUUGUUGCGCAGCAUCCCAAUCUCAACAAUGUCACCCAAGUCUUUAGUUUUGAUUACAAGCCUCUAGUGCCCUAUGAGUCAAUAAACGAUACUGGAAUGUUUUAUGGCAUGAAAUACUACAAUGACCUAUUAAUGGAAGCAGGGCCUCAAGGGAAUGUUCAGUCCGAGGUGCUUCUUCAAAAGAACAAGGAGACAUUCACCUUCAAGCAGGGAUGGGCAUUUCCUCGAAAAGUGUACUUUAAUGGUGAUGAAUGCUUGCUGCCCCCACCUGAUAAAUACCCAUUUCUACCCAGUUCUGCACAUGCAAGUUCAAUGGCGAUUUUGACAGUGGCCGUCCCACUUCUGUUGGUUAUGCUUUUAAUUUAGAGAUCAUAUGAAGAAACAAAGAUUUUGAGGAACAGGGAUUGGCAGAGUGGUGUUUUUUUGGCAGGAACAUCAUUGGUAAAAGGUAAAUAUCAUCAUAAACUGUACCAGAAAAUGGGAUCUAUGGUCCAGCGUGAGAUGAUUUUUUAGUGCAUGCUGAAACUAGGAGUCUUAAUGUGAACCAGUGAUAAAUGAACUAGAUGUAUUUACACCAGAGUUUGGGUUGCAGUUCAUGUGUCUGAUGAAACUUAAGAGUUGAAAACUGAGAUGCUAUCUUUUCUGUAGUAAGUGAGAUCAUCAUGCAUGCGUAAUUCAGGAAGGAGAACACUGUAUGA